AGUAAGAGAUCAUUUGCUGCUCUUAUUGUUUGCAUCCAUCAUCCAUCUCAACCUCGUCCAUGCUGCUGCUGAUGUCAGUGCCUCAGGCACAGCAGCUAAUGAUAAAAGAUACUCUUCUGCCUCUCCCUUGGAAAAAACAACACAAGGAAAGGUAGGAAUAGGGGGAGAAGGAACACGUAUGGUGGUAUCCGUGGAAGGAAGAAAAGAAAGAGAAGGAAAAGAAGAAGAAGAAGCAGAAGCAGAUUGCAGGGGUAGAGGAAAACAAACAGUAAUACGAGAAAAACAAGCGGAAAGAGGGGGAGGAGGGGAAGGGCAAGCAGGAAGAGUAGUAGUUUCAGCGAGAGAAGGUGGAGGAGGAGGAGGGGAAGGCGAGCCAAGAGGAGUCAGUGCAGGAGUAGAGCGAUUGGUAGAAAGAGGAGGACAUGCCGCUGAUCAGCAAGGAGGUCCUCAACCAAAGGUUCCCAGAGUGUUGUGGGCGCAGAGAAAGCAAAUCCUUUUCCUUCGCUUUGUAAUGCCCGUGGAGAUAGAUUGCGAGAGAGUCAUAGUUCGUAGCAUGUCGAUCACAUUUUCGGCGAGCGAGAAGCAGGACGACCGGAAAAGGAGGCAUCCACCGCCAUCUUCCUCAAAUGCUGAAGCUAUGAUGGCCAGCGAUCGCAAACGCAACUCGGAGCACGUCGACAGUUUAGACAUGAAGGACACAAGGUCCAUCGAACAGGCAGAAGAGGGCGAGAAUGAGAAGGAGAAGACGGCAGAGGCGGAGGAAAAGAAGAAAAAGGAUAUCGAGGAAAAGAGGGGGGACAAGGAAAAGGAGAGGGUGGACGAGGGGAUUGAAAACGGGGUGGACACAAAGCAGGAGGGCGGCAAGGGAGGAAGAGGAUCGAGAGGGACGAUGGUGAGAGAGGAGGACGAGGAGAAGGAGAAAACGUUGGAAAGCGAGAAGAAGGUGGAGGACAGAACUGAUGUGGAGAACGAAAACGAGGAGGGCGAAAAACCAACUGUGUCCAAAACGACGAGGGCGAGAGAAGGGGAACCAGCAGGGAUUGACACGUGGCAGUGCCCUAUGAACCCCUCAUUUGCAGUAACUGUCAAUACAUACAAACGGUUGGUCCCCUCAACUGCAUCAUGGGAUGUGAGAAAGAGAGAGGUGUGGCUGACGAUACCCAAAAUGUGGUCGAGCGGGCAUUGGCCUCGACUACUUCGAGAUCCCGACGAUCCGCUCAAAUCUAUUGUUGGCGUUGAUUGGACGAGAUGGAAGGCAGAUGAGACAGAGGAGGACGAGUAUUCAAUGUCAACAAAGGCCGACAAUGAUUUGACGGAAGAAGAGCUAGAGGCAGAAGAGAGAGCCGUAACUGCUCCGGCCAGUUUUCCAGAGGAAGAGUAUGACGACUCCCACCUCCCUCUCCUAAACUCCACCACAUUUCCUCAAUUCCUCGAAGAUCACGACAUCGUUUCCGUGUUAUUCUUCGAAAGGGAGUCGCAGAAAAGCAAAACCCUUCAUAGAUUGUUUGCCACGGUUGCGCCGACUGUGAAGGACAGAGUGCCUCUCGCGUCAGUAGAUGCAGGACAGAACCUGAAGCUCACGAAAAAAUUGCAGAUUGCGGAUUUUCCACGCACCAAGCUCUUCUUAAGGAGUGGGGAAAUGUUCAACUACGACGCUAUGGCUAUUGGGUAUUCAGGAUUGUUCAUAAAGUUCCUAGUACGACAGCUAGAGGCAGCCUGGAUGACAUUGACGAGCGAUCAGGAAGUGCUCGAUUUCCUGCGACAAUACCCGAAGGCCAUUCUCGGCUAUUUUCCGCAAGGUGGGACGGAGGAAAGGUUGUUUGAGACAGUGGCGAAGCGAUCCCGAGCGGAGAUAGAGUCAGGACUACAAGGUGUGUAUGCGAAGAUCGGCACCCCCGAGGCAGCCACCAUUUUUAUCCGAGAUGACAGGUUUGUGGAUGUGCUCCCGAAGGACCUAAUCCUUUCCCGAGGAGGCGUUGUGUUUGCUAAGAGAGGAGAGAAGACACAGUUCUAUGACGGACCUUGGAAGUGGAGGUCUCUUCAUCGGUGGGUUCAUGAUACUCAGUUUAAUCCCGUUGAGAGGAUAACUCGGGGAAACUUUGACACGUUCCGUAAACGCAAGCUUCCAUUCGUCUACACCCUCCUGGAUGAGAAAUCGGAGGCUGACGUGGAUGCUCUUGUCUCAAUGAUCAGAGACGUGGCCCUGAACUACUCUGGGCAGUUCAGUUUUGUCUAUACGCCUAUUGACGAGGCAGGGGACCUUCUUGACCAUCUUCGCUGCCAGUAUCGAGGUGCAAGUUAUGCUGUGUUGGAAGAUUUUGAGGACGACUACAGAUACUGUGUUGAGACUAAUCCUAUGGAGAAGUUGACGGUAUCCCGACUGCGAAAGCUCUGCGAUGGAUUCUUAUCUCGAACUGCAACUCCCGACCAUGUGGUGUCAGAACCCGUUCCAAUCGCCAACGUCGGUCCAGUCUUCAAAGUCGUCGGCAAAACUCUAAUGUCCACAGUAAUGGAUGUGACUAAGGACGUCCUAAUCCAUUUCUAUGCUGAGUUUGACGAGAAAUGGGAGGAUGUCGAAGGGGAGUUAGAGAAAGUUGCAGUGGAGUUUGAACAUGUGCCCACUUUCAAGGUUGCCAAGAUGGAAGGAAUGAAAAACGAGCGACCCAAGGACUUCCCAGAUCUGGGCUACAUUCCCUGUACCUGGCUCUUUCCUGCCAAAUCCAAGAACACACCAGUGGUCUUCAAUCAAACAUGGUCGUUCGAGUUACGCAUACUCUCUCAGUUCGUCUGCAACUUUUCCAGCUUACCCAUAGAAACGAUACCUUGCAAAUCAGAAACCCAUAAAAAGAAGAAAACUAACGAAAGUCAGAAUGGUACUUUUGAGAUUGCCAAUCAAAAGAGGAUAACAAGGACUACUUCCUCCUCCUCAUUGUCAUCGUCAUCAUUAUCAUCAUCAUUAUCGUCCUCAUCGUCCUCAUCCGGUUAUCCCCUCUCAUCCUCCUCCGUGACACUUUCUGAAGCUUGUCCGUCAAGUCAGACCGCGUCACAACCAUUGACGCCAUCCAGCCCUGCGGACGACCGCCAGACACACCUCAGACGGGAGCAUGCAUGAGAUCGCUCGUUGGGGAAGUGCAGUCCACGUCCUCGAAUGCAACUAAAUGCCAACCAACAUGGGGCAGCAAUAACAGUUGUUAUCAGUGUAACGCCUCGGAGGCUGCGGAUAUGAAUGUGACUGGAGUGAUCAAAGAAACUUCACAAACCGAUAAUGGAUGUGUUGAUCGGACUGUUGGAAGUUGCCCUCUGAACGCAUCUGGCACGAAGAUGUGAUUAGAUGUCCCCUACAUAAUCCCACAUGAUAAACGUUCUAAGGGACA